GAGACUCAACCGCUGCUGUUUUGUCUCCCGCCCCCGCAGGGUGAGGGCCUCCAAGCCGACAGCGUGCUGACCUCCGCCCCCGCCUCCUGGGCCAGGCACCCCAUGGGCCCCCCUCUGCAGACCCUCAGCCGGCUCCCACCGGGGGAGCUCAGCCCUGAGGGGGGCGGCGGGGUCCAGAAGAGGACUCUGCUCAGGCAGCUGAUCGCCUACUUGGCCAUGAUAGCCCCCUCGCCCACCCCAGCGGGCCCCCUCGCGCCUGAUGACCUUCUGCGUGUGCCUUGGAGGAAACAUGGGAAGCGGUUUUCACCUUCAGAAGACCCCACCGAGCCCCUGGGCACCAGCGAUGGAGCAGGGAUGCGGCACUCCCUGGAGGACCCAAGAAAGGACCGGGCUGCUGUGGAGACGCUGAGCCCCCCGGACCUGGACGAGGUGGCCGGUGUGAUUUCCGAUGCCGCGGACGUGGAGGGGGCAUGGGAAGGCCCCCGAGGGGCUGGAGGAGAGCCCGGGGAGCCGGUGGACAGCUCCGAGGCAGCGCUCGGGGAGGGCGCCCACGGCGGGGGUGGAGCGCCAGACACCAGAGCACGGGACGGCGGUGCUCACGGCCACGGAGAGGUAGGCCCUGUGAGCCUCAGCCGUGGGGACGUCCUGCAGGGCCCGGGGUCUCGACGCCCACCUGGAGCCCCGCCUGGAGCCCCUCCUGCCACCGGGAUGGAGCAGGCAGAGGGCCCUGUGGCUGCCUUGUCUUCGGAGGAGGACACCAUCGGGGUGGAGAACGUGAGGAGCCGGACUUACUCCACGGAGCUGCUGGCGAGGCCGCGCUCGGAGCCCAGGGCCCACAGGCUGGGGGAGCUCCCGCACUGGGUCCCGGGGGCCUCGCAGGAGCAGGAGGGCCCCGGCCACGGCCUGCGGCUGGAGGUCAAGUCUCCUGAGGAGGCCUAUGGCUACAUCGUGACCGAGAGCGACCCCCUGAGUCUGGAGAAGGGGAAGCAGCUGCUGGCGGACAUCACAGGCCUGCUACAGGUGCCCACGAGCGUCCUCGCAGACACCGAGGUCCUGGGACCAGCUGUGACCUUCAGAGUGAGCGCCAACGUCCAGAACGUGACGCCUGCAGAUGUGGUGAAGGCAGCAGGUAAGGUUCUUUCAACACAACUACACACAUGCACACACAUGCAGGCACCAG